AAAAACCCACAUGCAGUCCUCUGAAGUACCACAAGGUGUCGCGCUUGGACUGCACUAUUGCUCUUGCGAGCAGGCGGAUGAAACGCGGUUUUAUUUUUAUGAGAGUAUUAAAAAUGCACAGUAUCUUCAAAGUUUUUUUUUUUUUUUAAAAAAAACGCGUCCCCUCGUAGAAAACACGUGCGUACUUACACGCGUGUACAGUCAGACCUCCACAGAGUUUCUUUAUAAGAAGUAACGACAGCGGAACUCUUGCACCCUCAACAACAUUUGGUUUCCUGACGGACACAGUUGAAAGCGGUGCACAACAUGGCUGCGAUGUAGAACAGGCGUGUUGGUUUGCAAGGCUGACCUUUCCUUGAGUGAAAGCAACCGUACAAAAUAAAUAGACACGUUACAAAUUACAGAACCCUUAACCGCAUCGCAGGUGCUCUGUCCGCUUCCUUUGAGCUCAGUUUAGUUUUAUUUCGAGUAGUUUCACUCGUUCUUUCGUCCCCGGCGCGAUGCGGCUCACUCUCCCGGUUCUGAUCGCUCAUGGCCGGUAUGGGCGGAGGAUGGGUCUCGGUCCGGAGUCUCGGAUCAAUAUGCUUCGGAACAUUUUAACCGGGCUGGUCAGACACGAACGGAUUGAGACGACGUGGGCCCGAGCCGAUGAAGUUCGGAUAUACGCCGAAAAGCUGAUCGACUACGCGAAGAAAGGCGACACGGACGAGAAGGUGAUGAAGAUGGUCAGCUUCUGGCUCACAGAGAAGGACCUCGUACACAAACUCUUCAAGGUUCUGGUCCCGCGGCUGGGGUCCGAGCAGCGCGGAUACACGCGGCUCUACCAGAUUCCAAACCGAGACUCGCUGGACCGGGCCAAGAUGGCCGUGCUGGAGCUGCGGGGCAAUCCCUUCCCUCCGCUGGUGACCCGACAGCCCGACAGCGACGGCUCGCUGCUCAACCAGCUGCUCCGAGGCUACCGCGAGGAGGUGACGUGGAGCAGGGCUGCUGGGGGAGACUGAGCCCCAGGAGCAGACUUCUGCACCUCACACGCUACUGAGAGAGAGAGACUGGAAAUAAACCCAACAAUUAAUAAAUAAGGCAAAUGCUU